AUGUAGCUACUUAACUUGGUAUUGAAUAACGAAUAUCAUGUGGUAUUUGUAGUUUUUCUCAGCGCUUCUGAAGAUGGACCAAUUACUGUCGCGUGCGAUACUAUGAGGACUUUUUAAUCAUUGUUAAACUUAUGUUUAUGUUGUAGCAUAAUGGUUGUAUGUUGUACUUGUCAAUAUUUGCAGUUAAUAGCAUGAAGAUAAUGCACAACAUCCUAUGCGCAGUUAUAUGAACUAGCAUUAACCAAUGAAGCGUUAAGUAUAGGCUAUAACGCAAAAAAACGCCCUUACUAAAAGUUACUGUAAAGUUCUCAGAUAGGCCUAUUGUUUGGAAUUUUACAUUGGUUCUCAUUUGAUGUAUGUUUCUUUUAAAACAACAUCAUGUUGGUAAAUACUCUGAUAUAAGAUUAUCUGGAGGAUUUAAGACUACGGUUAAAAAGGCAGCAUGGUAUUACAUUUUAUUUAUCACAUAAUACAAUACAGUAAAUGAACAGCUUGUGCCACACACAUAUUGAUGCACAUGAAACCUUAAGUCAUUAUUAUGUGUUGUGUUUUGUUGUGAUUGUGUUGAGUAUAUUUAUUUAGUAGCUCACUUGUGUAUUCAUACAGUGAUUGGCAGCUUUUCCCCUUGUUUUAAAAUGAGCAGAAUUUUCCAUUAAUGGAGGCACAUACAGUUUUUUUAUUAUACAGCAUAUUGUAUUUGUAUCUCAGACUGCUGUUAACUGUGAAUGGAUGAGAGACAAAACCUGGCAUUGUCUUUGCUGGCACAGGGAAAAGUCAGAGGUCAGACAUUGAUGGAUGUGGUCAGCUGUCUGUUUUAUCACUGCAGCCCCUGCCUAAACAGACAAAGAACCAGAACGUUCACUGAAAACGUUGAUAAAUCUGCAGUUCGUCAUGUUACACAAAAUUUGAAAUACAGUGGGUAAAGCACAGAUAUAAAAUUGAACACAGAAAAUGCAAUCUUAUAAUAAUGUGAUUUUUGCUUUUUAAAUGUAUAAUAUUACCACAAUAAACUAUAUAAUAAUAAUUAUAGUAUUUAAAACAAUAGGUGUUAUGGGGUAUUGCUAGGGCAUUAAGCCAGUUUUGACGUCAGUUUUCUUCCAAUAUGGAAUCUAGUCCACUGCUUUCUGUGUUUAUUUGUUUUAUAACCAUACUUAUAAAUCUUUUUAACUUACUGUUUAAACUAUGUAAAAAUAACAACACAAACCUCUGUGUCUAACAAACAUCCCAAAGCCACGCCUCCUGGAACAGACACAUUCAUACUUCAUCCUGUUUUAGAAUGACCCGUCUUUAUAAAGUGCUCGCUGUCAUACAGAACAUCAGAUACUCAAUAAUUCAAGGCACCAACACUCACACGCUUAUCAAGUGAGUCACAUGCUUUCAUGACAAACAAAUGCAGAAAACGCCACCCAACCCUGUCCAAUUUUCAGUCAUUUUUUCCUUCUUCCCCUCCCUCAACCCGUCCCUCAGAGAGAAACAAAACAACCAGCUACUGCUGUUCAUGUGUCUGGCUCUGAAGUCUUGGAUUUGUGUAAUGCUAUCGAGAGGUAUUGAAAACAGCGUGUGGUAUGUGAUAUACAGCGAGGAAGUUAGGGGGUGACCAUGGAGUUUAGUUGAAACUGAUCCAGAAUCAGAUUUAUGGAGGCAGCUGUUGAGGCUUUGACAGACAGGCGGGUCGGAGAACCAGCAUUGCUGCGUAACAGAAGCAGAUCUGAGCCACUGCUGCCUGCAGACGAGUGUGUCACAUCACACUUCAACAGCAGGAUGGUCCGUGAACAAUAUAUCACCACCACAGAGGAGUCUGGGCUCCUGGCUCCGGUCAAUGAGUACAUCUACAUGAUCGGGAUCUAUGGCUGGCGAAAGCGCUGCCUCUAUCUGUUUAUUCUCAUUCUCCUCAUCAUCAUGGUAGUGAACCUUGCUCUUAUGAUCUGGAUCCUGCGAGUUAUGUGGUUCAAUUCGGAAGGCAUGGGAUACCUGCAGGUCAAAGAAGAUGGACUCAGACUGGAGGGAGAAUCGGAGUUUCUCUUUCCUCUCUAUGCCCAGGAAAUCGAUUCCAGAGAGGAUUCAGCUCUUUUGGUGCACUCUUCUGAGAACGUCACUCUCAAUGCUCGCAACGAAAAUGGUGAUGUAACAGGGAGUGUGUCUGUAGGUCCAGGUCAGGCCAGCGUCUUCGGCCAACACUUUAACAUCACCUCGAAUCAUGAUGUAAAUUUAUUUUAUGCUGAUAGAAAUGGAGCUGUUGUGGGAAAGGGAAGACUCCGUGUAACAGGUGCAGAAGGGGCGCUGUUUGAGCAGUCUGUUAGGACUCCUCUGGUCAAAGCAGUACUUAAUAAAGAGUUAAGACUGGAGUCUCCAACACGGUCUCUCAGCAUGGAUGCACCCAGAGGUGUUCAUGUCAAAGCCUUGGCCGGUAAUGUUGAUGUGGCAGCACAUUUUGAUAUUGUGUUACAUUCAUCUGCAGGCCUGCUGGUUCUGGAUGCUCAAUCUGUCCGUCUGCCCACGUUACCUGUGGGUGAAGCCAGAACUUCAGGCGAGUCUCAGGGAAUGUAUAACAUGUUCGAGGUGUGCGUUUGCCCCAGUGGAAAGCUCUUUCUCUCUAGAGCGGGAGUCUCCUCUACAUGUAGUGAACAUCAGGACUGCUGAAUGUGUGUCUGGCCAAAACAUCUAAAGAACCAAGUCAGCCAUAGUUUCAGGAGAUGUUGUGCGAUAUCUUACUGGAAACAGUGUUUCUGGGCAAGGUAGAAAACUCCACAAUUCAACACAGUGUACACUCUGUUGUUUAUACGGUAUAUGGAACAAAGUGAUUUUAUAGUAGAGUUCUUUUAAUAGGCUGGGCAGUAAAGGGGCUGGUCACCAGCUUACAUCCUAUGCAAUAUAAUUUUAAGGUGCAAUAAAAGUGUUUAAUAUAUAGGCUAGUUGUUGUUAAAGAAACACAAAAGUCAUUGUCAUUUGUUUGUCAAAGAUGACAACUGCUAUGUGUUAGUGCCAAAACCAAAGGUGUAUUUGAGUAACCAUGUUCUGCAUAAUGAAUUGGAGAAACAUACAUGACCAUUUUGUAAAUGACUGAAUUUAUAAAAGUUCUGUUAUGCGCUUUUGAAAUUUUAAAUAUGCAUAAUGAUCUCUACAUUUGGCAUCUUUUAACUUUAAUACCACGCAAUCUUCAUAUUUCAUACUUCAUAUUUGAAGAGGAGUACAUACAUGCUGUUUCUUUAAAAGCUCUUCAGUAAAUGAAGAAGUUAUAAUUUAAAUACCAAGCAUGCAUGAUAUAAAGUAUAUUUUGUUUUCCAUAUCCUAACUAAAAUGCUUCAAUGUUUUAAGAGCCAACGGAAAUAAUCACUACAUUUAACACAAUCAUUUGUGUAUUCAAUAAAUGGUUAAAAAAAUGUUUUAUUUCUGUAAAAUCUGGAGGACCGGCUAAUUCACAACAAACUUGUUUGUUUGCUUUGUUAGAUCUUUGUUAAGUUGGGAACUAGUCUUCAAGAUGUUGAUGUUUGUUGAAUCAGUUCGCCAUUAUAGCAUUAUUUCACCUCUGUACCUAAACCAUUCAGCAUUCAC